CCGUCUCGGACGCCACCCGGUUCGCGUGUUCUGCGCGACGAUCGGGGACGACCCAGUACGGACGGAAGAGUUGUUGAGACAAGGAGUUGCCGGUGUGGCCGUUUGCUUGGAGCCUGUGGUGCGGUGCGCCGUGGACAUCAUUUUCGCGUUGCGACGACGGGGCUGGCGGCGGGCACGUCGCUCGCGGAUGGGCACUUUCCUGAGCAAACCGAACACCGACAAGGACUCGCAGGACGCGCAGGACGAACGGUCAACGUGCGGCGUCAGCGCGAUGCAGGGAUGGCGCGCGAAACAAGAGGACGCUCAUGUCUGCAUAUUAGAUUUCGAUGAUGAUGUAUCACUGUUUGGUGUGUUCGAUGGACACGGUGGUGCAGAAGUAGCUCAGUAUGCAGUCGAGGUGUUGCCUUCCUUUAUCAAGAAUGAAUUGUUCAAAAAUGGAGACUACGAAAAUGCUUUGAUUAAAGCUUUUCUGGAUUUUGAUGACAGUCUGACCAAGCCGUUGGCAUUAAGAAGACUGAGAACUCUUAGACUGAAAAACGUUAAAGCCGAAGAAAACGGAGAGAAAAUUGUAUCAUGGAUUGUCAAUUUAUUUGAAAAUGGUGAUGAAGAUGACGAAAAACUUGUAAAAACUGAAUUGGCUGGAAAAGAUAGUGGAUGUACAGCAAUUGUAUCUUUGUUAGUAAAAAAUAAAUUAUACGUUGCUAAUGCUGGUGACUCCAGAUGUGUAAUAUCCAUGAACGGCAAAGCUAAUGAUUUGUCAAAAGACCAUAAGCCUACAGAUGAAGCAGAGUUAAAAAGAAUUCUUGCAGCUGGUGGAAGAGUUUCAAGUGAUGGAAGAAUAAAUCAUGGCCUUAAUUUGUCUCGAUCCUUCGGUGAUCAUUUGUAUAAGACAAAUAGUCUGUUUUCAAAUACUGAACAAAUUAUCAUUGCUCUCCCUGAUGUCCAGACUGUUGAUUUAAAUCCAGAGAACGACAAUUUUAUAAUUUUAGCGUGCGAUGGUAUUUGGAACACCCUAUGCAGCCAGAAAGUUGUUGAUUUAAUAUCAAAUCGUAUCCAUUGCCCAGAUAUCAAAUUAUCAUUAAUUUGUGAAGAAUUAUUUGAAGUGUGUUUAGCUCCUGAUACUUCUAAACCUGGAGUCGGCUGUGAUAACAUGACAUGUAUUAUUGUGAAGUUAAAACGUCACCAGAAAGAAUGAAUUAUGGACUAUUAAUCACAAUGAAGUAUAGUAUUAUAUGACCUUAGGGCAGCAUUUUAAGAAUCUGAAAUAGUUACAAUCAAACUAGAAUAUAUAAAUGUAAUAUUCCUUU